AUGCCUGAUGGUAAACCAUGGUGCUAUUACACAGAAGGGAUGGAAAUUCCUGGACAAAAUUGUCACACCUGCGAUUGUCUUGAUAGAGUCAGAUGCAACAAAUACGAUGAAACAAGUUGCAAGUCAUCUGGCUGUCACUGGUGUCCACGUGAUGGGGAACACGCCUGUAUCUAUGGAAACUUCCAAAAUAUGUGCACAUCAUGCAACUGCCCAAGUGAGCUGAAAGUUGAUUGUUUGACCGACUAUAGCGGCAAUGAUCCGGAACAGAAAUGCGUUGAUCGUGGUUGUAGAUGGUGUCCUAACUACCAAGGCGAUCCUCCUUGCAUAAGAGGCCCAAAGCCUUCGGAAAAAGAAUGCGUUAUUGACAAUGAUUUGAAAAAUGAUUGCGGAUAUUAUGGAAUCAAGGAACCUGAAUGUCGCCAGUCAAAUUGCUGCUGGGAAAAAGUCAACGAGGGCAGCAACGGUGAACACGGAAUACCAUGGUGCUUUUAUCCGUCAAAUUUUGAUUACUAA